GGAGCAGAGGAACAGGGAGGAGGAGGAGAGCAGGAUGGAGGCAGAGGAAGAGGACAGCAGGACAUCAGAGGAGAAAUCGUCGUUUGCUGCUAAGCUGAGCGCGUCUGCAGCCGACGACCUUGAUGAGAUGAUGGACAUCGGGACGGUGGACCAGAUGGAGCAGGAAGCUCUGAUGAAGGAGGAGGAUGAGGAGCAGAACCGUUCACCUACAAACACAAACACAGUUUCCACCCUGGAAGACGGAAACUCCGCUGAGGAAGAGGAGGAGGGAGCCGAUGUGAAACCGUCUGCUUCAGAUUUGAUGCAGUCGAGUUCGUCUCCGUCUCCGUCAGCGGGAAGCACAGGCAGAGACAGCUCCUCCCCUGCUGCCGUGGUAAACGGGAUGAAAGUGGUGAAGUUGUCCUUUCCCAGAUCAGACUCUCAGGAGGGGCAGACAGAGACCGAAGACAGGAAGUCGUCUCCUUCGCCGCCUCUGGCCAAAGUGAAGGACGAGCCGGUGGACGAGGAAUACGAACAGGCGCUGAUUUCCUCCACGUCUACGGCCAGCAUCAAGGACGAACCCGCCAAGGACGACCUGCGGAUCGGCUCGGUGUUCUCCGUGUCGCCGUCUGGAGAAACGCUGCCGUGCGUCAACCCGUCCUCCGUCCACAUGUCCUGCUCCAACUGCAGGAAGAACCUGCUGAAGGGACAGACGGCGUUCCAGAGGAAGGGUUCGCCGGCGCUCUUCUGCUCCACUUCCUGCCUCUCCGUGUCGCUGCCCUCCUCCAAAGGAGCCACCAAGCCCUGCGUCUUCUGCCAAAAGUUGAUCCUCCGGACCCAGGAUGCGGUUCUGGCUCCAGACGCCAACGGCGCCAUGAAGGAGUUCUGCAGCCAGAACUGCGUCACUUCGUUCAACUACAAGAAACACACGCAGAGCAUCCGCGCCGCCGGCGCCGCGCCGUGCAAAGCGCCGCAGACGCAGUCGCUCUGCAGCAUGUGCUCCAGAUUCAGCACCAGCAAACACGAGGUGAUCCUGCGCGGCACCGUCCACAAGAUGUGCAGCGACGCGUGCUUCAACCGCUUCCGCACCGUCAACAACCUGACGAUGGCCGGCUGCGCCAGCUGCGGCUCGUUCUGCCAGAGCAAACCCGUCAUGCUGAAGCUGGAGGACAGCAGCAAGACGCUCUGCAACAUGGACUGCCUGGCCAAAUACAAGGAGAAAACGAAGGUGAUUCUGCCGUGCACGAUGUGCCGCGCGCCACACAUGCUCCCCCAGAUGUUCAGCAACAAAAACAGCGACGAGUCGGUCAACAUGUUCUGCAGCAACAGCUGCUUGAUGGCGUUUAAAGUCCAGAGCGUCAGCUCUUCAGGAGCUCGGUUAAACUGUGACAACUGUGGGAAGAACACGGUUCCUUCGUACCACCUGGCCAUGUCGGACACCUCCAUCAGGAACUUCUGCAGCAUGCCGUGCGUCAUGACGUUCCAGGAAAAGUUCAAGAAGAGCCAGCCGCAGCUGAACGUUUUCACUAAGCUGCCGGUGGGGUCGGCCCAGGCCCAGACCGCCACGCCGACGCAGCUGGUCGACGCCCUGAAGCUCAACUGCUUCCAGUGCGGCCAGGUGGUCACCUCCAAACCGGAGCUCAUCCAGAUAAAGGAUAAAAUAAUUUUCCUCUGCGGUUCCGACUGUUCGAUGGAGUACAAGAAGGCCAACGCUGUGAUGAGUCUGUGUGAAUACUGCAAGAUCGAAAAGAUCACCAGAGAAGCCAAGAGGAUCAACAACAAGGACUGCUACUUCUGCAGCGACGGCUGCAAGCUGCUCUUCAGACACGAGCUGAGUAAGAACUGGGGGAAGCACUGCCACUCGUGCGUCUACUGCCACUGCGUGUCCAAGAAGCUGGUGACGGCCCAGUACGGCGGCUCCAUCGAGGAGUUCUGCUCCGAGGAGUGCCGCUCCAAAUACACCAUGCUGUUCUGCCACGUAGCAAAGUGCGACAGCUGCGGGCGCAAAGGGAAGCUGAAGCAGAGCCUGCCGUUGCUCGGAGAGGUCAAACAUUUCUGUGGCAUCAGCUGUUUGCUCAAGUUCUGCUGCGAUAGGGUGGCGGCCCAGGGCGAAGUCAUCAAAGCUGCAGGCGAGGCCACGCCCGUCAUCGCCAGCGUCAUGUCGCUGGCAGACCAGCCGGCGGGGAGAUCCAAGUCAGCAGACAAACCCACGCACCUCAGCACCAGGUCAAAAACCAAGAGCUCUGGAAAUGUCCAAACAGACACAGCGAAGAUCCAUCCUCCUCCUUCUCCUCUUCCUCCUCCUGCGCCGAAGUUACUGAAGAACAAAGCGCUGCUGUGCAAACCUCUGGUGCAGAACAAAGGAGUUUCCUGCAAAACGCAGACGGCCAGCGUGGAGGCGCAGACCGAAGACGCCUUCCCCAGGGUCAUGGUGUUGCCGGUUCCAGUCCCGGUUUUUGUUCCUGUUCCCAUGAACAUGUACAGCCAGUUCGUCCCCAAACCUCUGAACGUCCCGCUACCUCUGCCGGUGCCGAUGUUCCUCCCCGUGACGAUGAACAGCGCCGAGCGCAUCGUGGAGACCAUCCAGGAGAUCAAGCAGAAGAUCCCGUCGGAUCCGUACGAGGCGGAGCUCAUCCUGAUGGCCGAGAUGGUUGCCGAGGGCGACGAGGAGAAGAGCAGCAAGACGGAGACUCGGAAAGACAAAACAUCGGCGAAAGAGUCGGAAAGCAAAGAGGCUCCUGCACAAGACGAUCAUAUCAGCAACUACAGCGACGACCUGGAUACGGACGACCUGGCCAGUUUCCUGAACAACUGGGAGGAGACGAGCUCCGACGCCGGCCUCAGGCUGCCGGGUCGACAGUACUCCUCUGAAAAGCUGAACCCGGUCCUGGACGCCGCCGCCGCCGUCCCGUCUCCAGAGCCGGAUCUGGAGCCGCUGCCGUCGCAGGGCCCGCCGCCCCUGGACAUCGAAGCGGAUUUCUCCAUCGAAACCCUGGAGAGGAUGGCCCGGCUGAGGGAGCACUGCAACAGAUCCCCGAGUCCGACGCCGGCGCCGAGACGGAAACAAGCCCACAGGAAAGCCCGGGACAAGAGGGGUCGUAAAUCCCAGCGGUUGUCUAAAGCAGCUGAAGAAAGUUCGCCGAGAAGCUCCGCCAAGAAGUCUGUGUCUGCCGAAAUCCUGAAGCUGAAGAGCCAGUACGGCAUCGACGCCUGGAAGUCCUGGAUCCAGUGGAGGCAGACGCAGCCCAACCUGGAGCAGCGCCGCUUCGGCUCACGGCCCCUGGAGCUGAAGGAGGAUCUGCUCCGCUGCACCACGGCUGAACUCAGCUACGGUCUGUGCUGCUUCAUCACCGAGGUGAAGCGACCGAACGGAGAGCCGUACCCCCCCGACAGCCUGUUCUACCUCUGCCUGGGAAUCCAGCAGUAUCUGUUUGAAAACGGUCGAGUGGAGAACAUCUUCAUGGAUCGCUUCUACAGCAAGUUCUCCACAGAUUUCACCAACAUGCUGAAAAGUUUUCAGCCCACCAUCACUCCCAGAGGUUAUGUGCAUUCCCGCGUGGAGGAGGAGUUCCUGUGGGGGUGCAAGCAGCUGGGGGCGUACUCCCCCAUCGUCCUCCUCAACACGCUGCUCUUCUUCUCCUGCAAAUACUUUGGCUUCACCACGGUGGAGCAGCACCGCCAGCUGUCGUUUGCCCACGUCAUGCGCUGCACCAAAACCAACCCGGACAACAGCAAGACCACCUUCCUGCGCUUCUACCCGCCCAUUCCUGUAAACGAAGCAGAGUCAGAUCCAGAUGGAGUUCCAGCAAAGAGGCGUAAAGAGGAAGAGAGUAAAGAGGAAAUCCUGGAGAUGAUGGAGAACACGGAGAACCCACUUCGCUGUCCAGUCAGGCUUUAUGAGUUUUACCUCUCCAAGUGCUCGGAGUCGGUGAAGCAGCGCACCAACAUGUUCUACCUUCACCCUGAGCGUUGCUGCGUCCCGAACAGCCCUCUGUGGUUCUCGUCCACACCUCUGGACGACAACACCAUGGAGUCCAUGCUGAUCCGCAUCCUCACCGUCAGAGAGCUUCAUCUCAGGACCAAGAAAGACCAGCCAGUGGUUUCUGACCCGCCUUUUAUACCUGAAGAAGAGGAUGAAGACUCUGAGUGAUUUAAAAAAAAAAGAACCGAAGUGACCUUUUCGUGGUUUUGCAACUGGCUGUCUAAAUGUAAAUAAACGUAAACGUUCACUACAACUUGUUCUCGGUAACUCACGAUAGCAGUAUGCUGAGCUGGAGAAAAGUUCCUUUCCUAAACUCUGUUGAGCGAGAGUUGCACAUUUUCAAACGCACACUGUUUCUGCAGACUGUUCAGCUCGCAGACUGUUUACUGCUGCUCAAAGAUGAAGACACAAAGCUCAUCGGUUUAGUUGCAUCUUGUUGCUUUCGGUUUCCUUCCAGGUAUUAUGAUUCCUAACAUUUCAGUGCACGCAAGUCUGCUGUGUUUUUUUUUAUUUGAAAGGUAAAUAAUGAAUGGUCUGCAGUAAAUCUGGAAAUAUACAAAACCUAAAUUCUGAGUUUGUUUCUGGAGCUGUUGGCCCAGUAACAAGAACUGAAAUCGUCUAUGAUCUUUAUUCACUUUAAUUGCAUUAAGGUUUAUUUUUAACUCCUGAAAAUGAUGUGAUAUCUUUAAAUCUAAAGAUGCAUGUUAGAUUUUAAUUUUGGAGUGAUGGUGUCCUGGCUGUUUUAGAUGUGAACCUGCUGCAAAAUAUCAAAUUCAAAUUUCUAAACUAGUACAAAAGCUUAAUCAUUUAAAUCAAGUAAUCGAGACCAUAAAAGUCUAAAACAUGCAGGGUACCAGCCACAAAAAAAAGAAACAAUCCCAGAGGCCUUUUCACACAACUGUCAAAUUUUGUUGUAUUAUAAAAACUAAGCCAGUAUCACAGGCUGAAAUGAGACCAUAAUGACAGAUAUUAAUGAGGGUACUGGGAGCUAAUCCAAAGAUGUUUGUUCUCUAACAUCUUGAGAAUAAGAAGCAAUUUGAAUGUAACUGAAGGAUUGGUCAAUUGUAAAAGGAAGAGCAAAUACUAACCUGAAACACAAUAUUUUUGCCAUUUUGAUAUGAGUUUUUGGUAUUUUUUGGAAUAUUGUUGAAUCCAAAAUGAGUCCGGGGAUCAUAAUGCUGGGUAACUGAAGCAAGCUGUUAUUUUAACCUCCUGUCCUUAGAUUAUAGUUGUCUGUUUUAUAUUGUUUGUUCUCUUUUUAAUAAAAUAAUGUCUUAAAUUGAA